AGGAGGAGCGUCGUCGUCUUUCAAACAAAACAAAUGGCGACGCCCGGCACCGUGAUCCUCACGAGACCAUAUUAUUGUUUUCUGAGGUAAAAACGACUUCUUUUGAAAACAAUGGAACCUUCUGGAGAAGAAGACCCGGACCUCAUAAAACUCAAGUCCUUAAAGAACAACAAGAUAUUCUCAGUGCCUCAAAAUGACAGGUUCGGCAGCUGCCGAAGUGUCCGAGAGUUUGAGAAACUCAACCGAAUCGGAGAAGGAACUUACGGCAUCGUGUACAGAGCCCGUGACACCAGGUCAGACGAGAUCGUAGCGCUGAAGAAGGUGAGGAUGGACAAAGAGAAAGAUGGAGUUCCCAUCAGCAGCCUGCGAGAAAUCACUCUGCUGCUGCGACUGCGACAUCCCAACAUCGUUGAGCUGAAGGAGGUGGUGGUGGGCAGUCAGCUGGAGAGUCUCUUCCUGGUGAUGAGCUACUGUGAGCAGGAUCUGGCCAGUUUGCUGGAAAACAUGCAGACGCCGUUUUCGGAGGCUCAGGUGAAGUGUAUCAUCCUUCAGCUGCUCAGAGGUUUGGAGUUUCUUCACCACAACUUCAUUAUUCACAGGGACCUGAAGGUGUCAAAUCUGCUGAUGACGGACAAAGGCUGCGUUAAGAUCGCUGACUUUGGCUUGGCGAGGAUGUACGGUAUCCCACAGCAACCCAUGACGCCCAGAGUGGUGACACUGUGGUACAGAAGUCCAGAGCUCCUCCUAGGGACCAAGACACAAACUACAGCUCUUGACAUGUGGGCGGUCGGCUGCAUCCUGGCCGAGCUGCUGGCCCACAAACCUCUGCUGCCCGGAACCUCAGAGAUCCAGCAGGUGGACCUGAUCGUUCAGCUGCUGGGGACGCCCAACGAGAACAUCUGGCCGGGUUUCUCUCAGCUGCCUCUCAUGGGUCAGUACAGUCUGAGGAAGCAGCCGUACAACAACCUGAAGAAUAAGUUCACGUGGCUUUCUGACGCUGGACACAGACUACUCAACCUGCUCUUCAUGUAUAACCCACAGCGCAGAGCUUGUGCCAAAGACAGUUUGGAGAGUUCUUACUUCAAAGAAAAACCUCUACCCUGUGAACCAGAGCUGAUGCCGACGUUCCCGCAUCAUCGCAACAAACGCGCUGCUGCUGCUGCUGCUGCUGCUGCUGCUCCGGCAGCAGAGGGCAAACGCAGCAAAGUGUGAGGACGACGAAGAUGAAGGGGGCGACGAAGAGGACAAUGUUGUGAAAAGUUGGUGGAACCUGUUGUUUGUCACCAGUGAGUGAUGUCACAGAUGUCAUGUGACCAGUCAGACGCUUUCAGGCAAAAAAAAUACACAUUUAAAAGAAAAUUGAGUCUCAAUCUUUGAGUGUGAGUCUUUGUGUUGGUCAGUUCCCUCUUUGUUUACUUUUAAAGGAACAGUUCAACAUUUCUA